AUGAGCAUGUUUGUGACCCUGGCAGAGGUGCUGGAGUCACGAGGAGCGCCUCUGGAGGAGGACGAGGUCUGGGCUCUCCUCCUAGGUGCUGCAGAAGCCUUGAUAGACAUCUCCAGUAAAGAUCCUGGUAACAUGUGCUGUGUCAUCAGCCCCGGCUCCAUGCUCCUUUCUGCAGUCGGCAGUAUUGCCUUCAAGACCUGCGGCCGAUCUGAGGACGUGGGCUCAUUCACUUCCCCAGAAAUGUCCCAGAGCAACACUUCCUCCAGGAGACAAGCCACGGAAAAGAUGGUGGUUUACUCACUAGGCAUGACUCUCUAUUGGGCGGUAGAUUAUCAACUUCCACAAAAUCAGCCUGUCCAGCUCAGUGGCGACCUGAACAGCCUUUUACUGAGCAUGUGCGAGGAUGUGGCUCACAAACGGGUGAACCUACUGACAGUGCUGGAGACGUGCGAACAACACCAUAAGACUGCUGUCCUGCCCCGGCCGGAGAAAACCAUCAGACAGAUGGCGGAGGAUGUACUGCAGGCCGAAAAAAAACCAAAUAAUUCUGCUCAUCUCACAGACCGAAGCCAGAUGGUUAGAGAAAGACUUCGGGGUGCUUCCUGUCAGAACUCAGUUUGGCCUCUAAAAGGGAACAGCACACCAUCACCAGCAGACUUCAGCAGAAGUCAUAGUUCACACCAAAGGAGCAGAAACAGCACAUGGCUGCCCCAAAGUCCUGUUCUUGAUAGACGGCGUCAGUUCAACUCAAGGCCAAAUCAGCUGUUUGGCUCUUCAUUUAGCCUUAAUGAACGGAAAAUAAAGGAUACGGGCCCAGAGUUCAUCAGAAUGCUGGAGGAGCCUCUUGUCGUUUUAGAGCUGCCUAAUUCUAUUGUGUCAAACAAAGGGCGGUCAAGUUCAAACCACAGGGACUUGAUGGUUAUGAUGCCAAAUGGACAGAACAUUCUGCUCAAGUGUGACGUCAGGUCCAGAGGAGGAGACGUCUUUGAUAUGAUCAUCGCUCAUGCAAAUCUUGUGGAACAUUUUUACUUUGGCCUUGCAUAUAGUGACGAUAAUGAAUUUUUCUUUCUUGACAACGACACAAAAAUAUCCAAAGUUGCCCCUGCCGCCUGGAAAAAAGUGCCCACUGCCACAUUUGUGCUUCAUUUCCGCAUCAAAUUCUUUGUGACUGACGUCUCUCUCCUUCUACACAAGCUGACCCGUCAUCAGUACUAUCUCCAGCUGAGACGGGACAUUCUGGACGAGCGGCUGCCCUGUAACGAGGAGACCUGCUUGUUUCUUGGUGCCUUGGCUCUUCAGGCCGAGUUUGGGGACAGUUUGCCUGAGGUCUACGGGAAGAACUACUAUCAGCCGGAGCACUACGUCUCCAAGAGUGUUUUGCAGAAAAUGGCAAUGCCUUGCCUGAAAGACGAGUUGCUACGGUUACACGCCAACAAUGCAAACAUGACUGCAGAGGAGGCAGAGCUCGAGUUUCUCAAGAGCGUUCAGCAGCUUCCGGAGUACGGGGUGCUGUUUUACCGCGUGGCCCGUGAGAAGAAGCCUGUCUUUGGAGAGCUGGUCCUGGGAGUCUGUGCCAAAGGCAUCGUUGUGUAUGAAGUUAUAAAUAACUCCCGUACCGCAAGCCUUAGAUUCCACUGGAGAGAGACCAGCAGUAUCAGCUCAGCUCGACGUAAGUUCAUCAUUGAGAGCAGCACCAGUAAAAAGAAGCAGACGUUUCUAACCGAAAAAUCAAAAGUUGCCAAAUACCUCUGCGUCCUCUGCUCUGCACAGCACAAAUUUCACAAGGAGAUGAGCUCUCGCCAGCUCACGAACAGCCUCGCUUCAGAGGACAGUAUUGUGCAGUAUGCAGCCAUGUGCCGAGUUCAGAACAACGAGGUCACGCUCAACGACGGACGCCUUGAUGCCGCUGCCGACGACUCCAUGAGCAAACUCUGUGAGGACAUCGCAACCCGCAUCGAAGCAAAGAUCAAACUACAGAGAGACUUGUUAGACCACACCGGAUCCCAAAGUCCAGCUCUACAGAGAAGCUCUUGUAGCUCUCCAAAGCAUUGCUCUGAAGUCCCUUCAAUGUCCUCUCCUUUGAGAGAUACUCCAACAAGUGCCCGACCUCCAGAAAGGGAAAUAAUCUGUGUUUCCCUCAAAAAGGAUCCCAAAGUUGGCCUUGGUAUUGUUAUUGUUGGAGAAGACAACACUGGGAAACUGGAUCUUGGUAUCUUCAUUGCAUCCAUUGUACCCGGAGGCCCGGCUGACCGAGAUGGACGCAUCAAACCAGGUGGUCGACUGAUCUCUCUCAACCAGCUCAGUCUGGAGGGCGUGUCCUUCAGCGAGGCCGCUGACAUCAUGCAGAGCAGCUCCAAUGAGGUGGAGCUUAUUGUCUCACAGCCAAAAACUCUGUACAAGCGUGGAGGCGCUGGUCAUCUGACGGAGAGGAACUACGCGUCACAGAGCACCAUACUGGCUGACAGUCGAGCAGGAGACGACUAUCUGGAUGAGCUGGUCAGUGUCAUGAUGACCCCUAAAGGCACCAGCAGGCUCCACGUUCCUGAGGUUCGCAUUAUAAACGCACAGGAUGAUUAUUCCAGGUCAGCGUCUCUGAUCAGCCUGAGACCUGAAGAGUUUAUUGUGACGCUUCAGAAAUCUGGAGGUAGUCUGGGCAUCAGUAUCACUGGAGGAGUGAAUACAGGUCUCCGUUACGGAGGUAUUUACAUCAAGAGUCUGGUGCCCGGUGGAGUGGCCGAACAAGAUGGACGAAUCCAGACAGGAGACAGGCUGUUGGAAGUGGACGGCACCAGACUGCAGGGAUUCACAGAUCAGCAGGCGGCUGAAUGUUUGGCAAGAACAGGCGAGGUUGUGAGUCUGGUGCUGGAACGUGACGGAGGCACUGUGCUGCCACGAGGCCCUAUAAAGCCGGAGUUACGGGACACACUCACCAUCCGCACACCGAGUCUUGUAGAGACACACAUGAGGAACAGCUGCCCUGCCAUCACCAUGACGAGACCCUUUGGCGUCAAGCCCAGAGACUACAGCUUUGUGUCGGAUGAUAACAUUCAGGAGGUGACUCUUAAGAAGAGACUGAACGGUCUGGGCUUCAGCUUUUUCAUCUCAGAGCUGGACACUUCCCUGGACUGUGGCUCUAUUGUGCGAAUAAGAACGCUGUUCCCAGGUCAGCCUGCAGAGGAGAGUGGCAAGAUUCAGGAGGGAGAUGUCAUUCUGUCGAUUAACGGACAGCCACUGAAGGGCUUGUCCUAUCAGAAAGUGCUGCAGUUAUUGAGGAAUUCUCCUUCAGAGGUGCAGCUGCUUCUCUGCCGUCCUGCUCGAGGAACACUUCCACCUAUAUCCGAGAAAAUCGGCCAACUGACCUGCAGCUGAACCAUGAAAGAUGUCACAUGGGCAUUUAAUGAAGGAUUUCUCCUGGGAAGGAAGGUCACAGAGGAAUCCUGGUGCAUUACGGGAGAGGAUGGAUCCUUCAGAGGGGUCCUGUCAAAUACAAAAAGACUCAGAAGCGGACUGAGUGUUUGAAAUCUUCCAAUCAUCCAUGGUGCCAAUCAUUUCCUGCUCCUUUACUUGACUGGAUAAAAAGGCAAGUGUCAGUAAAUGAUUUAUAUCCAAUAAUCAUCAUCAUCAUCAUCAUGCUAUCAUACUGCCAAUAUGAAUGAUGUUGAAUUGAUAUUUUGAUAUGAUCCCUUACAUUUGUAUUCAUUUUAAAAUAUAAAAUUUGCAUUUUUAUUUCAACCAGAAUCAGUGCAGAAAAUGUGAAAAAUUAUAUCUGGGCCUUAUUAUUAUUUUGAUUUCAGGCUCUAUUAGAAUAACUUUAAUGCUAAAACAUGAUUUUCCUCAUAUUCUCCAUUGUUCAGCUCCUCUCUUCCCAGUCUGUCAGUAACGCUCUGUUUAGUUCCUGUCUCUAUGAAGCCCCUCCUUCUGAAAAGCACAAUGUGCUCUGAUUGGUCAGCUGGAGCAGUGUGUUGUGAUUGGUCAAGCGCUUUGAGUGUGUUUGGGAAAUGCCCCACCCCUUACCAUAACUGCCAGUUUCAACACACUACUAAGGCUGAAUCCCAAAUGGCACCCUAUACCCUCACAAUCUUCCUCUGAGUCCGCACUUUCGUGACGUAAAGCCACUUUGACUGCCGGGUAAAGUCUUCUGCGUAGCUCGCAGACUCGUGGGCUCACUUAAAGGGCACAUCGAGGGCACAACGGGGGCGCUCGCGAGCACCCUUCUGAAACCUAAGAUGAUGAAUGGGACACCCUACGGCAGGGCUCGUCAACUGGCGGCCCGCGGGCCAAAUCCGGCCCGCCAAUCAUCUUCAUCCAGCACCCCAAUCUCCCUCCUCCUCUUUUCCUGGCGGUGCGGAUAAAUUUGGUUAGAUACAUGGCGCCUGCAGCUGUACGGCUAUAAACGUACUGUUCAUACCAUGCACGCUCCUCCGACUGACCUGAGAAACGUUUUCCGUGCGAAUAUUUCUGUCGACUGAACCAGCAAUACCUAUCAUUCGUGAAUUAAUCAUUCUUUUGUCUCGAUUCUUUCUUUUUCGUGAAUUGGCCAAACGCACUUGCAUAACGAUCUGAAACGAUUUGGAUUCGUUUGGACCGCUCUGUCACUGAAUCAUCUGAAGUUGUUUCUCAGUCAGUAACAACAAAUACAGAAAAAUAGCGCUGUUUUCAUGUUUCACUAGUUUACUUUGAACUACGCAGCACGGCCCAGUGGAUAACGGAACGAAAGCUUAAUGGGGCCUUCACACCAGACGCGACUUGCGCGAAUAAAUUGCGCUAUUUGCGCGUAGUUAGACGCUUGAUCAUUUUAAGUUUACUCGCUUUAUUCGCACGUGAAAUUCACUUCACAACAGACGCGAAUAAACACAUCAACUCGGCAGCGGGAAAGUAGUUGUAAAACACGGCGAAUAAGCUCAAUUUGCCGACUUUAACUAGCUUGUAGUCUCAAUAUAUAUAUAUAUAUAUAUAUAUAGCUCAAAUUGAGUAAAGAGCGUUUUUUGCAACUUACCAGAUUGUCUGACCUCCUCACUCACUUUCUUCCAAGCAAGAUCCUUUUUAUUCGUUUCUAUAAAAGUACGAAGAUGUCAGAAGAUGCCUUACAAACAUUUACCAUGAAUGAACUGUAGUAAUUUACCAUGGUUUGUGGAAAUGUGGAAUAUUUAUAUUGAAAACUAUGUUAUACCCAUUUAUAUUGCAACAUAUUUAUUAGGUGGGUAGGGUAAUAUAUAAUUCAUGUCUUUGUUAAGGUGUAGUUUGUGUGUUUAAGCGUUGUUUAUAGGCCUAUAUAACAUAUCAUAUUAUAAUAUCAUUUGACAGUGGUAGAGUAGCCAUGUAUGGUUUUACCUGUGGUUACCAAGUCUCACUGUCAGAAUAUUUUCAUUUAAGCCUAAUAAAUUCAUUUUUACCAAUAAGACCCCCAAAAUUAAAAAAAUAAUAAUAAAAAAGUUCAAAUGUUCUUAAUGACUGAAUAAAUAGAUUGCCUGAUAAAUAAACAUGGUCUUUUUAUUUACCAACAGCACUGAAGUUCCUGCAGUUCCAAAAGUUGUCCACAAGGUGGUAUUACAGCUUCAUGAACAAUUAUUGUGACCCAAACUCUACAUUGUUUGACUAAUUUUUGUCUGAAUUAAUGUUUUUUGUCUUGUUAUUGUUGUCUAUUACAUUACUAAAUACUGAAUAACUGUUAAACCAUUACGUUAAGCACACUUUAUACCACAUUGACCUUGAAAUAACUAAAAUGUCUUCUGUAGCAUUGACACUUAGACAGUGUUGCUAGAAAAGUGCCAUCAAUGCUGAUGGUGACCCACCCAUUCACCUUAACUGCAAUAAAAAAAAUCUUAAUUUUUUGGUGCCUUGCAGUCAAAAUAAGAUAUUACAACUUUUACAAAUUUUAGAUAUGCCUGUUUCAGUAACUGAAUUAUGUAUUAAAGCUUCAGCCUAAUCCUUAACUUUGCAAUAAAGGCCGAAAUGU